CAAAAUUACUGUUUACUCUUACCCUCGACGAACGCCUUCGAUAUAGCGUCACCCGACGAAAGUUUGGUUUUCGAACUGGUGAUCAUUGUUCAUUCGACGAGUUACCUAGGUUUGGAGAAGUGUUACAUUCUUUUGACAGUACACAGCUCCUAUUUUAACGCGAUGGAUGAUGCAGAGCUAACAUAUAAAUUUUGGAGAAUCCGUAAGACGGUCAUGCAGAUGUGUCAUGACAGAGGCUACCUGGUGACACAAGAUGAAUUGGACCAGACUCUGGAUCAGUUUAAGGAACAGUUUGGAGACAGACCAAGUGAAGGAAGGCCCUCAAGAAGUGAUUUGUCAAUUUUGGUGGCUCACAAUGAUGAUCCAACAGAUCAGAUGUUUGUGUUCUUUCCUGAUGAACCUAAAGUUGGAAUAAAAACAAUUAAACAAUAUUGUAACAGAAUGCAAGAGGAGAACAUAAACAGAGCGAUAAUAGUUGUGCAGAUGGGUAUGACACCUUCAGCUAAACAGGCGUUAGUUGACCUGGCACCAAAAUACAUCUUGGAGCAUUUCAUGGAGGCAGAGCUCAUGGUGAACAUUACAGAACACGAGCUUGUUCCAGAACAUGUCCUCAUGACACCGGAGGAAAAGGCAGAGCUCCUUCAGAGAUACAAACUCAAGGAGCAUCAACUUCCUCGUAUCCAGUCUGGCGAUCCCGUUGCGCGGUAUUUUGGACUCAAAAGAGGACAGGUUGUAAAGAUUAUUCGCCCUAGUGAGACCGCUGGUCGUUACAUAACCUACAGGCUCGUCGUGUAAUGUAAAUAAAAAAGUCUACAAAAUCACAUUCAAGUUACCCUACCCAUCAGACAUAACCAAGGAUUGGUAUGGACAAAGCUUCGUGUAACCUUAAGUUAAUUUUUUUCAUUUUAUUUGUUCAGUCAAGUAACAAUUGCACACAGUCGAUAUUUGUUCGUUAAAAAACCGACGACAGUCCAAUUCCUAUUUUCCAAUCGGAAAAUAAGCGAUCUCUUUCAAAGUUGGGCCGAGAGUAAGUCGUCAUCUCGUUGCGUCACGUUGCGUAGAGUCAUCUAUCCCGAAGAGUAUCGGGUCAUUCGUCUCGGUGCCUCGGUGCCUCGGUAUCCGAUUCGUUGAUUCUGUUUGGUGUUGUUGAACUUGGAAUGGUGCUCUCGAUCUAAGUCUUUAAUUUUCCCAUUACUGGAUGGAGUUAUUUUUAAAACUUCAAGACAUUUCCCAUGAAAGCUGCUCAAAACUGUUAUAGUUAUCAAGUUCAUUUGAGAUGGAGAAGAGCCAAGGAUGCCGAGUGACGCCGAAUGAAUGCGAGUGACGGCAAGUUAUGGCAAGUGAAGUCGAAGGAAUCUGAAGGCUAGCGGUUGGCCUUCGAAAGGUUUCGUCAUUGAUGUAAGGCUACCUCGAGGAGAAUUUUAAAUAUCAUUAGAUAUUGCGACUGUAAUGUGUACAGCAAGUGGCGGAAUGUUAGCAGUGUUGUUUUAUUAAUAAAAAGUAAAUAACACGAAA